AACAGGGGUGCCUUCUGAGGUGAUCACAGUGAAAUAAUUCAAAUACAAAGUGACACGUACUUUUUUUUUUUUUUUUUUUAAGGGAGAGUGUACAUUUUCUUGCUUUUUCUUUUGAACUGGGGGCGGGGAGCUGGUGGUCUCAUUUUCCCCCUCAGUCGGACGCCAUGUGAACGACCCACUUUUCCGUCCAGCGCUCACAUCUCACAUCUCAGUCCGCGUCUCGGUUCUCCCCCAGUGCGUGUUUGUCCCGUGUUCGCUCCGAGAACGUGGUUGACGUUUUCGCUUGCUCACGAACUGCGGCGCAGCAGCACACCGACGUGAACAUGUCGAGAUGGAUUUUAUGAGGCUGUUCGGCGCCUUGAUCGCCUUCCUGUUCCAUAAUGGGUGCGCUUCUAAAGUCAAUGGCCAAAGGAUUUGCCGGCGAGGAACAGAGCGCCCGUGCUACAAGGUGUCCUACAUUCAGGACAGCAGGCGGAGGCUAACUUUCCAAGAUGCCAGGCAGGCCUGCAGGGUGGAUGGAGGAGACCUGCUCAGCAUCGAAACGGAGAGUGAGCAGCGGCUCAUCGAAAGGUUCAUACAGCAGCUCCACGCCGCUGAUGGAGAUUUCUGGAUUGGACUCCGCCGGAGCCCUCAGCGCUUUAGGACUGGGAGUGCCAACCCGGGAUGCCCCUCCCAGUACUUCUGGCUGGAUGGGAGCAAAGCCAAGUUCAGGAACUGGCACUGGGAUGAGCCAUCCUGCGGCGGCGAAAUGUGUGUAGUUCUUUACUACCAGCCUUCUGCACCACCAGAUGAGGAAGGACAUUUCCUGUUUCAGUGGAAUGACAACAACUGCAACACCAGGAACAACUACGUCUGCAAAUAUCCUAAAGAAAAAGAACCCGUAUUUACAGAAGCAGGGAACGCCGCACAUGCAGUUCCAACUGUGGUGCCAAAUAGAUUCUUCACAAGAUCAACCAGUGAAACCAUUAAAGUGGGAAUGCCUGAGUCAUCAGUGUCCUUCUCUGACAACACCCUGUAUGUUCCCUACAUCCUGUAUGCAACCAUUCCUGCUCUAUUGCUGCUGUUGCUAGCAGUUUCUGGCUUCUUUUGCUACAAACAAACAAAGCGGAGGAAGUCAGAGACCAAAAGCUCCACCGGCCAACCAAAGUCCUGGAUGUCCACAGAAGCAUCAUCUUGCCCUAUUCAAGGACCCUACGCCUUCAGUGACAUCACCAAAAUUUCUCAUCUUGCUCCAGACAGCACCCUGCCAGCAGACUUCAAAACAAAGCACCCAUACGCUUCUAGCAAGGACCCUCAGUGGAAUGAUUACGAGAAUGUAUUAUUGGCGGACAGGGGGAGCGGCUUCGUCACUAAUGACAUCUAUGAGACCAGCGGCGCUCAGAGUCGACACUGUCAUCCUCAGCCAGGUUGGGUUGAAAAUGAGAUAUAUGGUUAGCAGAGUUCAAUAUUACAUGACCUAGUUGGUGGCAACUAAGGAAUGGGAGUUGGCCAAACUGAGGGAUGCAGUGUUCUUUGUCCUGAUUAUGUCUCGUAUACCACAUGCCUGGUGCAGGAAACCUGAACAUGUGGUUGUGACUGGAACCUAAACCCACUUUUUGCAUUUACAUCCAGGUCCUACAGUGGAACUAAUAGGACCUUGGACUCACUUUAAUGUUGUACUUAAGAUACACUACAUGGGCAUAAGUAUUGGAAUACACCUAUGGAUCAAAUAUUUAAUUGAUCAGGGAAGGUAUUGGAUCAUUUUGUUCAUCUGGUACUUUUCCAUCUUUAGAAGUAGCAUCAGAACCAGCUCAGAUUCAGGACAUCUUCAAUCGUUUAAUUACACUAGAUUGCCAAAAGUAUUUCUUGGCCUUGACUCACAUUUGAUCAGUUUUAACUCUUCUGAAAAGGCUCUCAAUAAGGUUCAGUAGUGUGUGUAGUGAGUUUUCUACCAUUCUUCCUGAAGUGAAUUUGUGAGGUCACACAGUGAUGUUGAACAAGAAGGCCUUACUCUCAUUCUACAUUCUUAAUUCGUUCCACUGGUGUUUUAAUCAGGUUGAGGUCAGGACUCUAUGCAGACCAAUUAUGUUUCAUCACAGUCUCUCAUCCAUGUCUUUGUGGACCUUGCAUUUGUGCAUAGGUGUACAGUCAUGUUGGGACAUGUUUUGUUUCCACAAAGUUGGGAUGCAUGAAUUCUCCAAAAGGAAUUGGUAUCCUGAAUCCUUCAGAGUUAACUUUCACUGAAAAAAAGAAGCGAAUAUAUUAAACAAUUCCAUGCUACCAACUUUGUGGGGAGGUUUUUUUUUGUCCUUCUCAUCCAACAUCAGUGAAGAAUGAUAAAAAAAAAAAAAAUCCCCAAAAGCCACUCCUAAACCUUGUGGACAGCGUUCACAGAAGCAUUGAAACUCCUAUCGGUGCAAAGGGUGGGCCGACAUCAUAUUGAACCAGAUGGAUUAGGGAUGGGAUGUCACUUAAAUUCAUAUGUGAGCCAAGGCAGUUGAGCAAAUACUUCUGGCAAAAUAGUGUAUCUGAUACUAUUUCAAAAAUCCGAUUUCUGUCUGUCUCAUCCAUUCAAGGUAGAACCAUGCUCUUCAUUUGGCAAUUCCUGCUGGUGUAACGGCCAAUUCUUUUGUUCCUAUAAUGUAUUAAUUACAAUUCAUUCCAACUAAUGAGGACACACCUUGAAAAUGUUUGUAUAUUUUUGUGGAUACUUUUGUGCUCACUCGUUCAAACGGCGUUAUAUCUGUUAAAGCUGACAAAAACAAGUUUAACUGUUCAUUUUCUGCUUCUCUAACCCUUCCUUUUGCAAGUCUGUCAUUUUGUUUGUUAAUUGUGUAACAACAAUUCCCUUGGGCCCUCAGAAUAAUGUCCACACUGACUCGCUUAAAAUACAGUGGUUUCUUGACUUAUGAGAUUCAUUUGUUCCAUCACCGCACUCAUAACUUAAAUCAUUCUUACCUCAAAACAACUUUCCUGAGUGAAAUGAACAGAAAUACAAAUUUAUUCCGGGUUAAACUGCAAUUUAUUUUAAAAAGUAAAUAGAAAAAAAGAAUGCAAACAAAUAAACUGUUUUCAUUUUUGUUGUUGUUUGUUGGCGGUCAGAGGUGCCAUUGGCGUAGAACGGCAGUCACGCUUCUGUCAGACUUCCCUAGGGAAGAUGUGGUUUCACCAGUACCUGACCACCAACAAGGUGUGACUGAGGAGUGAGUCAAGAAUGCGCCUGAGCGACUAGAAAAGCGCUACAUGAUUGUAAUGCUUUGUCAUUAUUAUUAAAUGCAAUUAAACUGAAAAACAGUACAUGCACUCGUACAACCAUGUAUUGUGCUCAGUGGCACCUUGUAUCUAAAAAAAAAAAAAAAAAAAAAGGGGUGGAGGGUGACACAAAUGUAUAUCCAUAACAAUUUCCUUGUCUUUGGGCUCCCUGCCAGACAGCGAGGUGCGCCCCCAAAUUGUUCAGGGCUCAGGGAUGGCUGUGCCAACCCACUCCCCACCCCCCACCACUCAUCUGUGUUUAUGUCAGCUUCCAAAUACGGAAUAUUUGUCAGAAACAAAUUAUGCCUUCAAACUGAUUUUUUGUGAAAUGAGGUUGCAUCUUAAUUGCUACAUUUUUUCCCCCCAUGUCACUGGAUUUGUAGAGCGCUUGGACCUCAAGUCAUUGCUCACAGGUCAAGGCAAAAUACAUCAAUAAAUAAAAUAAAAAUCGGAUGAGCGAUGGCUCAUACCUAAAAAAAAAAAAAACGCGUGUUAGGGCACUCGUAAAUGAAGUUACCACUGUAUAAUCCAGAAAAAUCCCUUCAAAACCGUCUGAAAGCAUCAACCCUGACCCAGGGCCCAAUAAUGUCUGGAAUGAGUGAGGCAGGUUAUGCAAUAACACAUGUUUUUACUUUAUUCAUUUUGCUUUGAGUGGUUUACAUUGUCCCCUUUUAUCCAUCAUUUCUGUCAAGUUAUGCAACUACAGUUUUGAUUUCAAAUGAGCAGCAAGUAUAUUAAAUAUAUAUAUUAUACUAAAUAUUUCACCUUGUCAGCUUACCUGCAGUUGCGCUGCAUUUAUAUUUGGUUCAGCAUGUUUUCAAGCAAGGUUGUAUUCAUCUAAUAAAACAAUUCUGCACAACA